AUACGCAAAGUGGACUCGAAUGGAGAUGGGUUCAUUGAUUUGCAAGAAUUUAUUGAGCUCAAUACCAAUGAUAUCGAUUCUGAUGAGGUAUUGGAAAACUUUGACGACUCAUUUUCGGUGUUUGACAUGGACAAAAACGGAUCGAUCUCCGCUGAGGAGCUACAAAGGGUUAUCCAGAGCCUCGGAGAGGAUUGCUCGUUGGCGGAAUGCCGGAAAAUUAUUAGUGGUGUUGAUUGUGAUGGUGAUGGAAUGAUCAACUUCGAGGAGUUUAAGAUUAUGAUGGUAAAAGGUUCUCAUUUGGAUGCAACGAUUGUGUAA